AUGUUCAUCAUCGAUCGUUUUUCAGCGCCAAUCGCCCGCGGUCUCCUCUCAUGGCCACGAAGCGUUACGGUAGCCGAGGGAAAAGCUGCUCUGUUGGAGUGCCUACCAGCUGGGAUGGCUGGAGCACAAGUUGAAUGGCUCCGUAACGGUUCAUACCUUCGCGUUGAUGGUGAACGGGUCCGUCUCGUCUCCUCUUCACUCCACUUUACAAGGACGCUACCCUCCGACACCGCCACCUACACCUGCCAGACGACCGUCCACGGUGAUGUCUAUGAAAAAACGGCAGAACUCGUCGUCAUCGAAUCCCCUCGCCUUACCGUAUCACUGGCCGAUCGGAUUGCCUCGGAACGGCAGGACGUCGAGAUGCGCUGCGAGACAAAAGGCACCUCGGAAGUGGAAUGGAUCAAAAAUGGAAUCCCGUUGCUUUCUAACCAUUUUAUCAAAAUUCAACAUGGUCAUCUACGGAUUCUCGGGGUUGUCAAGGCGGAUCAAGGCGUCUACCAAUGCAUCGCGAGAAACGAAGCGGGCACCGUAUCCUCUUACGCUCAACUCCUCGUCGAUAGUCAUGAAGCGUCAAUGGUUGCCGGUUCAUCCGGAAAACCGAAGCUCCCCUCGGCUCCUCUCAAUUUGAGAACGACCUUGAUUGGAGCUCGUAGCCUGGGUAUUGAAUGGGAUCAACCGGCUCAGACAUUCGGAAAACUCCUCCUCUAUCAUAUCUUCUAUCGAGAGGAUGGGCUGGAUAGAGAGCGCUCUAUUAAUGCGUCAUCACGAUGGGCGACCCUCUCCGGUCUUUCUCCCGAGAAAUUGUACAUCAUUCGAGUUGCCGGGGAGAAUGAGGCUGGAAUCGGGCUCUCUUCUGAUCACAUCAAGAUCACUACGGCAAAAGAACAGGCCGUUCCGGGUCAAAUUUCGCACCUGGCGGCGACGGCAACAGGUUCAGAGGGUGUAGAUGUUCGAUGGGAACCCCCGGGAGGGAAUGGAGGACAACCAUCACCACAUAGAUAUUCACUUUUCUAUCGGAGGCAUCCGCCUACGCAUAAUGAACCGGAAACACAGAUUACGGUCUCCUCAACGGAAUAUUCGCUCCAUGGUCUCGACAAAUACACCGAAUAUGCCAUUCGAGUUGAAGCUGAGGGGGAUAAUGGAUCUGGGCUGUCAUCGGAUGUCGUCACGGUCCGUACCCUGCCCGACGCCCCGUCAGCCGCUCCAGAAGACGUGGCCGUCGAGACGGAAUCUUCUACGGCGAUUCGCGUAACUUGGAAAUCACCACCAAAGAAUUCGCAUAACGGACAGCUAACCGGCUAUCGUAUCAAGUACAAAACGAAGCAGAAGGGGACGAAAAUACAGCAGAUUGCUGUGGAAGAUCCACAUUUAAUGGAGAGGUUAUUGGAUGAUCUUGAUCCUGGACAGCAUUAUCAGAUACGAGUUGCUGCUGUCAAUCAGAACGGUACGGGUCCAUUUUCCGACUGGCUACGCGCUGAUACCCCUUCCGUUGACAAGGAGGAGAAACUGCUCGGAGCACCAGUCGAGUUGAAGCCGAUUCCAGGCCCCGACUACAUCAUCGUCACAUGGAAACCCCCAUCCGAUGACACGACGAUAAUCCGUGGCUAUCAGAUUGGCUGGGGAAAUAAUGUGCCGGAUGUGGAGAUGGAGACUGUCGGUCCAUCAGCACUGCAACAUCGCAUUGAGGGGCUGCAUCCGGGCAGGGAAUAUGUGAUCAGCGUGCGGGCGAAGAACAACGUCGGGUUGGGGUAUCCGAUUUAUGAGACUGUCCGGACCGGAAGUGAAAAGGGAAGGAGCCCGUUUGGGAAUUCUGAUGAUGGGCAUGCUGAUGAUGGCGAUGAUUCUACCGUAACCCCAAUCGGCGUCCGUGCCGAGGCCAUUUCCGCCUCAUCAAUGCGUAUCAUUUGGACUGAUCCCGAUCAGGAGGCAUUCAACGUCAAAUAUACCGUCAAAUACUCGACACAAGCGGAAGGCAACAAACUGCACUAUGCGGAGUCAUCAGAUCCAUUUGUGGUUGUCGAGAGUCUGAGACCGGCUACAGAAUAUGAAUUCUCCGUCAGAACAUCACAUCGAGGGGCACAUUCACUGUGGAGUAUGGCUGCCAGGAAUAGAACCCUCUCCUCCCCUCCCUCCUCUGCUCCUCGUGAUCUCUCGCUCUCCCCAUCCCCAUCUGGAGAUCCACAUCAUGUUCUUCUCGAGUGGAAACCACCCAAAUAUGCCAAUGGAGAAUUGCUCGAAUACCUCAUCUACUACACGGACCGUUCUACGCUAGAAGACAAAGAUUGGCGUCUCCUCUCUAUCCCUGCUGCCCGUAAUACACAUUCUAUCGCUGAUCUACUACCCUCAUCCACUUACUACUUCAAGAUACAAGCCAGGAAUGAGAUGGGUCGCGUACCACUUGGAGGAGCUGGAACCGCGUUUUCGAUUGAUCACUUUAUUCAGACGCUGCUUUCUAACCCGCUCCAUCUCUUAAUAGCUGGGACUUGCCUUGUCGUGGCCAUCGUCGCUGUUGUUCUCUGCCUCUUGUGCAUCUUCAGACGCUCAUCGAAGAAGCCUCGCGCCAAGCCCGGGCAAUCCGGCGAUUUGUGGAUCAACCAAUCCCACGGAACCCAUCUACGACCAAAUAAUUCAAUGGAGCUGCUUGGUGGUGAUGUUCUGCACCAUCCCGCCCAUCCCCAUCAUCCUCUCCAUCAUCACAACACCAUCAAAACCCAGGGAUCUCCAUCCCCUCCACCAAGAUAUCAUGCACUACAGGCGGCACAAGAACUAGCCGGCACUGACGAUGGUGGUCACUACGGUACCGUAGGCCUUGGUCGUGGCUCGUCUCAGCGUCGUCUCCUCCUCUCUUCUAAAGGCAUCGUCCCAGCUGCCACGAAUCGAGCCCUGAUCCCUCCCCUGCGAUGCCCUCCACCCGGCUCCUAUGCACACAGCGAUGACAAUGAUAGCGGUACCCUCUCGCGAUCCUACCAUCACUCGUCUUCGAGUCUCGAGCAGAGAGGAGGGCCGAGGACACCACAAGUUGUCUAUACUGGCAUUGGAAGACAUCAGCCAAUCGCAAAGGUGGAGCUGGACUCUCCGUAUGGAUCAGCUGGACAACUACCCCCACCAACACCUCCCCUCCAAAUGCCACCAAAUAUCCCGUCUUCUAUGAUACCACAGGAUGGAUACAGGACAUUACGGGGAGGACAUCCACAACAACCCAUGGCUAGCGGAAAUCCAUUGAGAUCGUUCACAACCGUCUGCCCUCCUCCCCGCGGCGGCCCUCAAGUGAUUAUGGCCCAAAAACAAGUGCCAGUUGGAAGGGCACAGGCACAACCCAGGGUCAAUAUGGCCAAUAUCUACAGCCCAUACGCCUCGUGCUCACAAAUUCCGCGUGACGAUGACAAACAUCUGGCGCGGAUGGACUCGGAAUCGGAUGAGAGGACACCGUUGCAGCCAUCCGCCUCCAACGAGGAACUGAACGAGCUGACCGAAAAUAUCGACAAUUUCCUCGACGAUCUCAAGAAUAUGGAUAUGGGACCGAGAUCUGAGGCCGGGUGGAGCGCUGAU